CGGUGCUUGCGCUGUACUGUAACUGACUUAUCUGCCAGUCUUUCGGAGGGACAAACCUUCGACAGACAAACGCUUCAUUCAACGGGAGCAGAGCUUGCAAUGCUUCCAUCUUAUGUCGACGCCUCCGAAGCUCCAGAUAAGAACGCGGUCUGUUGUCCGAAAAGCGCCAUCCUCAAUUGCGGGCUUGCCUCAAACCUCCAACUGCGAAGACAUCCUCAACUGUCGACACGCAAAGUCUGAUCCGAGAUGGUCAGUGCUAAGUCAUCAAGCCUGGCGGGCAGUCUUUCUGCAGCGGAGGAUGAACUCGACAUUGUGGAAAUCCCAGAUCGGACCUCGAGUCUAGGCGACGUAAACGACGAAGUUCACCAUCCGCCUGCUCUCACGGCUGACGAGGAGAAGAAGCUAUGGCGAAAAGUUGAUGUGCGCAUCGUGCCCAUCCUGACUGCGAUGUACCUAUGUUCUUUCCUGGACAGAGGGAAUAUCGGAAAUGCGAAGCUUCAAGGGCUAACAACCCAGCUCGACCUCACCGGAAAUAAGUACAACAUAGCUCUGAUGAUGUAUUACAUCAAGCGCACAGAUUGUAUGGGGUAUUAUGAUGUGAAUGACUCGACUUUGAUGGGCAUAGUCAAGACUUACCCACAGCUGCUCGGUGUUCGAAUCUGCCUGGGAAUCGCAGAGGCUGGCCUCUACCCCGGUGUUGUAUACUACAUGACGCUAUGGUAUCCACGCCACAAGCUUCAGUUUCGCGUAGGUCUGUUCAAUGGUGGAGCGACGGCCGCUGGUGCCUUCUCUGGCAUUCUCGCAUACGGUAUAUCGUUUAUGUCGGGCGCAGGAGGCUUGUUGGGGUGGUCUUGGAUCUUUAUUAUAGAGGGCCUGUUGACGAUCGUCGUAUCUAUCCUCGCAAUCUUCGUCAUAGUUGACUUUCCAGAUACAGCAUCGUUCUUGACGCCGAAAGAGCGUGCUUAUCUCGUAUGGAGAAAGAAGUACGACAACUCAUCGGUCGGCGAGGAUGAACAUUUCGAAAUGCGCCACAUCAAGUCUGCGUUGUGUGACUGGCAGGUGUGGUUACAGAUGCUGAUGUUCAUGACCAUUGUUGCGCCUCUGGUCGGCAUCUCCCUUUUUCUCCCGUCGAUCAUCAAUGGUUUCGGGUACGGUACUGCUAUCAGCCAGCUGCUUACUGUCCCACCAUAUAUUGUUGCGACGAUCGUGCUCAUUGCUGUCUCAAUGUGGUCUGAUCACGUCAAGCUCCGUUCGCCGUUCCUCUUCGGUGGGCUCACGAUCUGCCUCGUUGGCUUUGCCAUCAACAUCUCCGACGCCGCGAUUGGGGUGAAGUACUUCGGAACGUUCCUGUGUGUAACUGGGUCGUACACAUCAAUGCCCGGUGUCGUCUCAUGGCUUGGAAACAAUCUGGCUGGUCAGUACAAGCGUGGCGUAGGAAUGGCUGUCCAGAUUGGGGUAGGCAAUCUCGCCAGCCUGAUAGUCACCAACAUCUACUUGUCGAAGGACGCCCCGCGAUAUGUAAUGGGACACGCACUAGAGUUGAUGUUUAUAGGCAUCGGCCUCAUCAACCUCUGCAUCCUGGUAGCAUUGUACAAGUGGGAGAACGCAAAACGAGACAAAAAUCAGAGAGACAUGGAGGAGAAAGGCAUAGAAUACUCGGCAGAAGAACUGCGAAGACUGGGCGACCGCGCCCCGGAAUUCCGCUACACUCUUUAA